ACCUAGCAAAGUUAACGUAAGGAUUUUUCAGUCUAGUAUAGGAAAUAGAAAGGAAAGUUUCAUUCUAGCUCUACACUGACUCGAAAUAUCACAUCUCAAAUCUGAUACAAAAUUAUUGCAAAGCUCUUCCUUCAUCUACAAGCUUUUUCAAACAAGCACCAAAAUCACAUCACACCAAAAAUGGCUACUAUCGAUCCAUUUGAAGAUAUCCUCAACCUCGAAGAAGAAUUCUAUUCCACUGGCUAUACCCAGGGUCUCUCGGAUGGUAUAACCGCCGGACGCAUUGAAGGACGCACUUUCGGACUUGAAAAGGCCUUUGAAAAGUACGUUGAAAUGGGUCGAUUACAUGGAAAAUCCGUAGUGUGGGCCAACAGAAUUCCUUCUCUUCAAAAGCCAAAAGUUCCCACAGCCUCAAACUUAGAAAUCAAGAAAGAAGGUCCAAGAAAGGAUGAAGAAAAAUCACAUGAUGCCAAAUUGUCCGAACUGGCCAAAAACGAAAGAUUGGCAAAACAUGUAAAAGUGUUCUAUGCAUUAGCGGAGGCCGCAAGUCUCGCAACGGAAAAUUCGGAAGAGGCCGUCGGGGAUUUCGAUGAUAGAUAUAAAAGGGCGGUGGCGAAAGGGAAGAUUAUUGAAAAGAUAGUUGGGGAGGGACAGGGACAAGGAGGAGCAAAAAGUAGUGGGGAUGGAGCGAUUGAGGAUGUUAGUGUUAUGAAGGCUAGAUGAUGUUGGAUUAAUGAUCGUCGGCUCUUCGAAGGCUGGUAGCCAUGGCAUAAGUACUCAGAGUCAUCAUGCACUUUAUCGGUUGUGUGAAAGAGGCGAGUUUAAGACGACACUUGACCUCAGGUUUCGUGUAACAAUCGGAGUUUCGAGAGUGCGAGGGAUGUAAUAUGGCUUGGAAAGCAGGGGGUCGACAAUUAACUAUACGGCGGUGCUACGAUUUGAGGUAUUCAGAGACUACAUGCAGAUGGACGCCUUGUCUACUACCAUCUUCCAAACAACUCGAAACAACCUCGCUCGAACGAGCACUGGAGGAUCCACUGCAAACCUCAGGGGUUGAACAAAGUAUCAGACAGACGUCAUUUAACUCGAUGAAUGUGAGAAUUUCCUUUCCGGGAGGGAAAAUGAGAUUAUAACGACCAGCGACUAAGGGAUUAAGGGAUUUCAAGAAUGAAGGUGCU